CCAUGGCUCCCGUCUUCACUGUUUGCUAAAUCAGAACUGUGAGGAGAUACCACUGUCAAUCCGCUUCCAUCCGCAACUCAAAGAUGGACCUCCAACCCUGUGCUUUCAUCCAGGGGCACAUGCUAUGUCAGUAAUCCUUUCCCAACGCUAUAUUGCUCGCUGUGAUUUUGUCUUUUUUUGUUUUUGUGUGUUUCUAGGGAUUUAAAACACACUUCUCGCCCUGACCAACUCACCCCAAAAAGGGAUAGGAAACCCCUCUCCCCUUGGAACUUCAGGACAUAUAUAGCUUUCACAAGAGAAGUGAAUUAAAGAAACGGACGGAAAAGGGAGCUAACGCUAUAAAGAAAUACAUAUUUUAUUCCGAGCCCUACUGUUUUCCCUUUUCUUCAAAACUUCAUUUCUGGGUGCUAAAGGAGUGACCAUCAGGUUGGCCUGACAGAGCAACACCCCCUCCCCUGGGAGUCACAGCAUUUUGAGUUAUUUCUGCACUGGUCCGAGGCUCUCCAUGCAGCACCCCAUGAAAUGAAUAAAGCACCACAGCCUAUAGCAGGACCCCCUUCCGCCCCCCACCCUGCCCCUUCCCCUGGACUGUCACAGCCCACGUUUCCUCCUGGACAACCCCCUGUCGUCUUCACCACACAACCCCCACAAAUGAACCCGUCACCGCAGCCCCGCCAGUUUGCUGCAGGGCCUCGUGCUUUACACCAACAGGGAGGAUUCAGGUCACUGCAGCCGUACUACCAGAACCGGCCCAGUCUGCCCAGCAGUGCACCACGGGUCCAGCCCAGCAGCACACCCCGGCCCGUGGCACCCACGCACGUCUACCAGCCUGGGUCCCAGAUGAUGAUGAUCCCCCAGCAGCCACUGACCUUCAGCAACUCCCAGACCCCCACUUACUUCAUCCCUUCUGGACAGUAUCGGGCACCCUACGUGGCCCCGCCCCAGCAGUAUCCUGUCCCCACGGGCACCCCCAGCUUCUACCCUGGAUCCAGCCCUGCAGAAUAUGGUACAUAUGCAGGAGCCUACUACCCGGCCCAGCCACAGUACCCUCCCUCGGUGCCGGCCGCGCCCGUCAUGAUGAACCCCCCUCAGCAGCAGCCUCCACCCCCUCAGCAGCAGCAGAUCCCCCCCAAACGGGAGCGCAAACAGAUUAGAAUACGAGACCCCAACCAGGGAGGCCGGGACAUCACAGAGGAGAUCAUGUCUGGGGGCAGGACUGCCUCCACCCCAACCCCUCCACAGUCUGCCAUGUCAGGGUCUGAAGGUGGCGGUGUCACCCAGGCCAAUGGUGAGAACGUGACACCUGCAGCCAUGGCCAUCGCAACAGAUGACAGAGCGAAGCCUGCAGCCGCUGCAGCCCCCACCCCUCCGCCGUCUAAGUCUCCUGAACCGACCCCCCCAGCACCCCCCGUAGUGGAAAGUAAGCCUGACACGGACAGUAAGGUCACCCCCCUCAUGGAGGAGGUACCCAUUCCCCCGGGGGAGUCCCCCAUCGACACUACUCCCUCCCCCACGCCGCCCCCUGACGCCCCGAUCAGCGACAGCGUGGACGCCCCCACGGCCUCUCCUGCCCCCGCCCCUGCUAGCACAGCCCCCCAGGACACGCCCCCCGUGGCCUUGACUACAGCAGAGCAGCCAGCUGCCCCCAAGCCUGAGAAGGAGCAGGAGGUAGAAGUGAAUAAGGAGGAGGAGAAGCCCGAGGAAGCGGUGGAGGAGAAGGAGCAAGCGCCGGAACCCGAGCCAGCCCCUGCCACCGUGCCCAGCGCGGCGCCCUCCACCGCUAACGGGCUGGGCGUGGAGCCGCCCCCGGCUGAAGAGUGCGCGGUCACCCCUGCCCCGCCGCAGCCCGAGGUCCCUCAGGAGUCUCCCAUCACCCAGCCUGAAGAACCGCUGCUCUCCAACGGCCUGGCGGCCCCGGGGGCCCAGGACUCGGAGGAGGCGUCCGAGGAGUCCCCCGAGUGCGACGUCAGCCCCAUCGCCGAACCCGAGGUUGCCCAGACGCAGGAAGCCCUUCCUGCAGCCGCCGCACCGCCUGUGCCCGCUGUGUCAGCAGCACCUGCGCCCUCCGCCCCUGCUUCCACGACCCCGCCCCCUCCCGCAGAGGAGAGGGAGGACACGCCCCCUCCCCAGGCCGCCGCCGCCGCGGGGGAGACCUCUAUGCAAGCUGCUGUGUCCGUGCCAAAGAAGAAGAGGAAAAUGAAGGAUCUGAACAAAAAGGAGGCCGUAGGAGACAUCCUGGAUGCCUUUAAAGAGGAGCAGGUGGUGGAGAGCCCCCCGGAGCCAGAGCAGGCCCAGUCGACGUCCGCCCAGGCCGACUCCGAGGAGCCGCAGCCUGCCCCCUCAGCCGCAGAGGAGGUGGACGAGACCUGGGAGGAGAAGGAGGACAAGCUGGAUGCCGAGAACAUUGAGCCCGAGGCCGUCAAGCCCGGAGACCAGAAGUAUCAGUAUAAAGAAGAGCAAUGGAAACCUAUCAACCCGGAGGAGAAGAAGAAAUAUGACCGCGAGUUCUUGCUGGGCUUCCAGUUCAUCAGCGCCAGCAUGCAUAAACCCGAGGGCCUGCCGCACAUCAGUGAUGUGGUUCUGGACAAGGCAAACAAGACACCCUUGCGCCCGCUGGAUCCUAGCCGUCUUACAGGCAUGAACUGUGGCCCAGACUUCACGCCUUCCUUUGCCAAUCUGGGGAGACAGCCAAUGGGUGGCAGAGGACCGCCCUCGGGGAUGGGUGGCUCCCGCCGCUCCCAGCAGGGCCAGCGCAAGGAGCCGCGCAAGAUCAUCGCCAGCGUGUCCCUCAACGAGGACGUGAAGCUCAACAAGGCGGAGAAGGCCUGGAAGCCGACGAUGAAGAAGCAGGUGGGAGGCCGGGAGCGGGAGGAGGACCCAGAGAUAGCCAAGACGCAGGAGCUGUUCCGCCGGGUGCGCAGCAUCCUCAACAAGCUGACGCCGCAGAUGUUCCAGCAGCUGAUGAAGCAGGUGACCGAGCUCACCAUCGACACCGAGGAGCGGCUCAAGGGCGUCAUCGACCUGAUCUUCGAGAAGGCCAUCUCCGAGCCCAACUUCUCCGUCGCCUAUGCCAACAUGUGCCGCUGCCUUAUGGGGCUGAAAGUCCCCACCACUGACAAGCCGGGAGUCACUGUGAAUUUCCGCAAGCUGCUAUUGAACCGCUGCCAGAAGGAGUUUGAGAAGGACAAAGAUGAUGACGAGAUCUUUGAGAAGAAGCAGAAGGAGCUGGAUGCUGCUGCUGUGGAGGAGGAGAAGCAGCGUCUGAAGGAGGAGCUGGAGGAGGCCAAGGACAAGGCCCGGCGGCGGUCUCUUGGCAACAUCAAGUUCAUCGGCGAGCUCUUCAAGCUGAAGAUGCUGACGGAGGCCAUCAUGCACGACUGCAUCGUCAAACUGCUGAAGAACCACGACGAGGAGUCGCUGGAGUGCCUCUGCCGACUGCUGUCCACCAUCGGCAAGGACCUGGACUUCGAGAAGGCCAAGCCCCGCAUGGACCAGUACUUCAACCAGAUGGAGAAGAUCAUUAAGGAGAGGAAGACCUCGUCUCGAAUCCGCUUCAUGCUGCAGGAUGUGCUGGACCUCAGACGGAACAACUGGGUCCCCAGGAGAGGAGACCAGGGGCCCAAGACCAUCGACCAGAUCCACAAGGAGGCGGAGCUGGAGGAGCACCGCGAGCAGAUCAAGGUGCAGCAGCAGCUCCUGUCCAAGAAGGACACCCGAGGCAGCGGCUCGGGGGGGCGCGGGGGGCCACACCCCUCAGGGGGGCGCACCAACCUGCCGCAGGACGAGGGCUGGAACACCGUCCCCAUCUCCACGAAAAACCGGCCCAUCGACACCAGCAGGCUGAGCAAGAUCACCAAGCCUGGCGCGCUGGACUUCAACAACCAGCUACUUGCCCCUGGGGGCAAGGGAACCUGGGGCAGCUGGGGCAAGGGCAGCAGCGGGGGCUCAGGCUCCAAGCCUAGUGGAGAUGCAGCGUCUGAGUCGGGACGUCCCGCCACCAGCACGCUGAACCGCUUCUCUGCCCUGCAGCAGCCCGCUUCCUCUGCGUCCGCCCCCUCCUCCGCUGACAGCGAUCGCAGGGUUCCUCAGAGGAGCAGCUCGAGCCGGGAGCGCGGCGACCGCUUCGAGCGGCCGGAGCGCAUGGACCGCGGCAGCGACCGCUUCGAGCGGCGCGAUGACCGCGGGCUGGACAGAGGCGACCGCAACCGCCCCCCCGUCACCAAGAGGAGCUACAGCAGGGAGACGGAGGAGCGCAGCCGCGAGAGAGACCGCCGCGGGUCCGCCGACCCCGUGCGCAGGGUGUCCAGCAUGACUGACGACCGCGACCGGGGCAGCCGCGACCGGGCCAGGAGCAAGGAGACAGCGAAACGAGAAGCGGCGCCCACCCCCCCGCCAACCCAGGCCAAGCCCGCCCUGAGCGAGGAGGAGCUGGACAAGAAGUCCACGGCCAUCAUUGAGGAGUAUCUGCACAUCAACGACAUGAAGGAGGCGCUGCAGUGUGUGCAGGAGAUGAACUCCGCGCAGCUGCUCUUUGUGUUCGUGCGGAACGGCAUCGAGUCGACGCUGGAGCGGAGCACCAUCGCCCGCGAGCACAUGGGCCUCCUGCUGCACCAGCUGCUGAAGGCGGGCACCCUGCCUACCGGGCAGUACUACAAGGGGCUGCAGGAGAUCCUGGAGGUAGCGGAGGACAUGGCGAUCGAUAUCCCCCACAUCUGGCUCUACCUGGCUGAGAUCAUCACCCCCAUGCUCCAUGAGGGAGGCAUCCCCAUGGGCCAGCUCUUUAAAGAGGUCUCCAAGCCGCUGGUCCCGCUGGGCAAGGCUGGCGUCCUGCUGGCAGAGAUCCUGACCUUACUGUGCAAAGGAAUGAGCCAUAAAAAAGCAGGGGCACUAUGGAGGGAGGCGGGCCUCAGCUGGAAGGACUUCCUGCCUGAGGAUGAGGACGUCAACAAGUUUGUGACGGAGAAGAAAGUGGAGUUCACGCUGGGUGACGACUCUGAAAAGACCAGCAGAAAGGAGCUGUCUUCUGAGGAGCUGUGCAGACACCUGGACAAGCUCAUCAAGGAGAAGGCCGACAACCAGAGGAUCUAUGACUGGGUGGAGGCCAACCUGGAUGAACAGCAGAUCUCCUCUAAUAUGUUUGUACGGGCAGUGAUGACGUCAGUCUGUCAGUCGGCCAUCAUCUGUGAGAAUCCAUACAAGGUGGAUGCUGAGCAGAUCACACUAAGGGCCAAACUGCUGCAGAAGUACCUGACAGAUGAGCAGAAGGAGCUGCAGGCACUAUACGCCCUCCAGGCCCUCAUGGUUAAGAUGGAGCAGCCAGCCAAUCUACUGAGGAUGUUCUUCGACACGCUCUACGACGAGGAUGUCAUUAAGGAGGAGGCCUUCUACAAGUGGGAGUCCAGCAAAGACCCUGCAGAGCAGCAGGGCAAGGGCGUGGCUUUGAAGUCCGUCACUGCCUUCUUUACUUGGCUGCGUGAGGCAGAGGAUGAGUCUGACAACAGCUAGGCCCGCCAGCACCCCCUGGAGCAUGGGAGGGCUCGCGCAGGGGAGGGGGAAAAUGGAGGGUGGACUGUGAUUGUCAGACGUUAGAAUUGGCGCAAUCCUGAAAAAUUCUUUUGAGUGGGAGAGAUUCUACAGAUCGGACAUGCCAUCAUUUUUUUUUUUUUAUUCUAUUUUUUGUUUUUGUUUUUCAUCUUCUGGCGAAUGUCUAACAGAAUGAAAUAAAAUUAAAAUAACUGAAAAAUAAUGAUAGAUAUAAACUGUGGGAGUGCAGUUCCUUCAGCGUUUUGGUUUUAUCUAGUUUUAAAGCGUCACUACACAAUUCAUGACGUCAAAUAAAAUCCAGAACAGAUAAACUAAGGCUGCUCUUGUAUUUGAAUACAUCAUAUAUCACGUUCAUGAAACAUGAUCAGUAUCAUGUGUCAUAUGUAUGAUAUAUGAGCUACAUGCCGCUCUUGUGUAGGUGGAUAGUAUUUUUGUUUUUUGUUUUUUUUUUCUUUUUUUUUCGUUAUAGGUGUAGGACGAUUGGAGUGUUUUUUAUAUAAAGGAAAAAUGCAAAGUGGACAAGCUGGAGUUGUCUUUGGGACAUUUCAGAAUGGAGACAAAUGGAUUACAAGCUUUUUGGGUUGGGGACUUCCUGUUGUCCACAGGAACAGUGGGGUGUGGCAGAGGGUAGAAUGGACAUUGACCUUUGCUGCUGGGGGUCACGCUGCUCCCUCGUCAGGCCACACCCGCCCAUGCCCUCUGUAUCCGCUUGACUUUUCUCCUACACUUAAUCUGUGGGGGCUCUGGAAAGGCCCUCCAUCAAGCCUGUAGUGGAUUUUAAAAGAUAAAAUCAUUAUUAAAACUUGAAAGUAUAUAGAAAAUUCAACUUUAAAAGUAAAAAGACAAAAAAACAAGAAACAGUACAGAUCCUAAAGGCUUUUCUGCUUGUGUAAGUGGAAAUACAUUUCAGGAGAGUUCUGUAAAUAUAUAUUAAGGUUUUUUCUUAUUUUUCAAAAAUAAAAAUGCUAA